GGUCCGCAUGGGUGUGGAAAGGGGGCUGCGUUCCAUUGCAGUCCGCCUUCCUACCAGCCUGUAUGAUGCCAACAAAGAGUUGGAAAUCAGUCUUCACUUGAGUAGCAGGUAUGUUUUUUGAUCUAAAACUACGGAAAGGGAACUUGGUUACACACUGUAUUGAUAUAUGAUCUGAAACAACCUCACUAAGAGGAAAGAGGAUGUGACCAAGGCGGAGUGCAGUUGAAUCUGGACGCAGCCCUCUCCUAACCGCGUCGCCGCAGCAGGGAAGCGGAGGAAAGGAGUGAAUUCGAUUAUUGUUCUCUCCGCAAGAAAAGGGACAUCAACUCCUCACCUAUCCAUCAUCAACGGUUCACGGAAACCGUUUAGUGAACUAGUAGCCGCUGCAGGCGUCCGCGGACACCCGGGUUGCCGCUUCACUCACCCGGGUUAACUGCUUCACCCAACCCAUGAAGCUGUGACUAAACGAGGAGACCAACGAGGAACCCGAUCAGAUCGGGUCGAUAUGCAGUAGCCCAGCCCCGGACGGCCCUAGCUGUGACCCCCGGUGAGAGCCACCAUGGGACACCCGCCCCUGGAGUUCAGUGAGUGCUACCUGGACAGCCCGGAGUUCAGGGAGACCCUAAAGUGCUACGAGCUGGAGCUGGAUAGGACCAGCCGGUUCCUCAAGGAUGUCAUCAAGGAUGGGAACAGUGUCAUCAACGCCAUCAAGGGUUACUCUCUGGCGGUACAGAAGUUCUCGCAGACUCUCGGCGUCUUCCAGUUUGACUUCAUCGGAGAUUCGCUCACAGACGACGAGAUGAACAUCGCUCAGUCCUUCCAGGAGUUCGCUGGUCUUCUACAGGAGAUCGAAGACGACCGCAUGAUGCUGGUGCAGAACGCCUUCGAUCUGCUCAUCAAGCCUCUGGAGAAGUUCAGGAAAGACCAGAUAGGAGUGACCAAGGACAAGAGGAAGAAGUUUGAGAAGGAGAGCGAGAAGUAUUAUUCCCAGCUGGAGAAACACCUCGCCCUGUCCGUCAAGAAGAAGGAGAGUCUUCUGCAGGAGGCGGACGACGUCCUGGACAAGGAACGGGCCACCUUCUACGAGUCCUCCGUGGAGUACGUCUACCAGGUCCACCAGGUGCAGGACCGCAAGAAGUUUGAUGUGGUGGAGCCUGUGCUGGCGUUCCUUCACAGCAUCCUCACGCUCAACAACCUGACAGUGGAGAUGACCCAGGACUUCACCCCCUACAAGCAGGAGCUGCAGCUCAGCCUGCAGAACACCAGGAACCACUAUGAAAGCACGAGGGAGGUCAUGGAGGACUUGAUGAAGAGGAUGAAGAACCCGUCCUUCAUCUGUCAAUCACACACCAUGCAGGGAUACCUCUACUGCCACGAGAAAUGGGCUUUGGGGAUGACGUGGGUCAAGUAUUACUGUAAAUUCCACAAAGACAACCGCACCCUGAAGAUGGUCCCCUGUGAGCAGAAGACCACCACCAAGCAGGUACCAGCUCCACCUUCUACACCGUCAUACCCGGCGCCCGUGGGUGUCUGCCCAGUAGGGGGCCUGCUGGGCCCGCAGCAGUGGGGCCCCCAGUGGCCCCCGUGGCCCCCUGAACGUUAUCGGAGCGUCUGCACGUCGGCGGGCCUGGAGAGGGAGGGGGAGCGUGCGUUUGAGAGUCGUCUCGAUGAGGAGGGGCUGGAGGAGAAGGAACGACCCGUCUGGUCCUCCUCAGAGUCGGACAACCUGGACCACAGGCUGAGCGAGAUCCACGCGCUAAACUACAAGCUCCCCGAGAAGAACCGCGACAUGCUGGCCCUCCUCAUCAAACACCUCGUCAACGUGUGCAGCCAGAGCGAGGAGAACCGCAUGAUCCCGUCCAACAUGGCGGUGGUCUUCGGCCCUACCCUGAUGAGGGCCAAGGAGGAGACGGUGGCGGCCAUGUUGGACAUCAAGUUCCAGAACAUCGUGGUGGAGAUCCUGAUCGACAACUACCAGAAGAUCUUCUGCAGCGCUCCUCUGGACCUCGCCUCCUGCCCCCCAGUGCCCCCCCCCAGGGUCAACCCCAGGAAGCGGCAACCCAUCACCAUCUCCAAGAGACCGCCGCGCACCUACCCGGGUCUGCACCUCGACCCCCCCUCGCACGGCCCACCCGACGUGCAGAACGGUAGCCCCGCCCCCAGGUACCCCCCGCCCGCCGCCUCGGACCGGGACGCAGGCCCGCCCCCGGUCCCCCUGCAGCGGACCAAACCCCAGGCCCCGGGGGCCCCCAGGGACCCGCCCCCCAGGGACCCGCCCUCCAGGGACCCGCCCCCCAGGGACCCGCCCUCCAGGGACCCGCCCCCUAGAGAGCCCCCCCCCAGGCAGCCCCUCCUGCCCCGACUGGGACCCGUGCCCCGCCCCGGCGAGAACGGAGAGGCGGGCGUCACCGUGAAGCGCGCCAUGUCGGUGCAGGCCAGGAGGCCGCCUCCCAUUGGAGAUGGCGACGGCGCGCCCAAGACGCGGUCCCCGGAGAAGCAUCACGCCAUCUGCAGACCGCCAGUCCGGCCUCCGGACCCCCCCUCCGCCAGACCGGCGGAGCCGCCGUCGGCCAGACCCCCGGACCCCCCGCCCAGCCGGCCCACGGAGCCCCCCCCCUCGCGGCCCCCCAUCGCCCAGAGGCACUCCGCCCCCUCUGCCCCCUCCGGGCCCAGCGUGGACCCCACCGCCGCGUCCUACGUGGCUUCCAAGACCAAGUUCUUUGAGAACGCUUCCAAGCAUGGAGCCAGUCCAAAUGCGGCAGCAACGAUGAAUGUCAAAAAAGAAAACGCAGGGUGAGUCUCCCAGUCACCGGGACCACCCCAUCUCGUUCUGGGUUGUUUUGGACCAAAGGAAAUGCCCAGGAGAAGCUGCCAGCGAGUCCAUUUUGGAAAGUGGGAUACUUUAAGAGCAUUACUUUGCUCUCCAAAAGGUUUUCUGUGUCACACUAACGCUGCUUCAAAGGCUCGUCUUCCUGGUGCUUGUUCUAGCGCUUCCAAAGUUAAACCCCCUCACUCCUGGGUUCAACCCCAGCAUGAUACCCCCAACCAUUUUUCCAUGCCAUUAAAACUUCUUAAUCGCCCCAUUGGGUUUUGACUCCUGUUUGAGUCUUGCUUGUUUCCCUGUUCAUGUGGUUUGUGCCAAUUUAUUUUUCCUCUGCUUGCCACUGGUAGGUGUAAAACCAACAGGUACACACCCUCCCUCAUACUGCAUUUGUUGGAAUGCAAUUAAUACAAUUGCAAUUAAUGCUAAUUUGAAUCGUCUAAAGUGACAAAUCUGAAGUACUUAUAAACCUGUUUUCUUGCGGGUGACGUAUUCCGUUUUUUGUUUCUGUCUGUGAAAGCACCGUUGAAUAACUAUUUCGUGUUUAUUUUUUAACUUUAUAAUAGGUUUAAUAGUCUACCUGGUGAUUCAUAUGUUGGGCAAUGGGCAGAUUGUAAUGAAGGAUUGGUUGGGCUAUUGUUUAGACUUAAAAGUCGAUCAGCAGAAAAGUCUGUAGUAUGGUACUUAAGCCAAGGAUACAAAGAGUUCCCAUCUAUUCAGACUUGCUUCAGAACUUCGAGCAUUAAGUGAAACUGGUUCCCAACCGCUUUUUCUCUUUCUUUGUACGUUUUGGAAGUACGUUUUUUAGGUUUUGAUUCAUUGUGUCUGUAAAUCAUAAUGCAAUUAACAGUGUCUGGGAACUGCAGUUACCUUUAUGGUUGACCAAAAUAAAAGCAUAUUUUGGUAGGUGUACAAAACAAAUCCCAGUUACUUUAACAAAAAGCUGUUCACUCUAUUUUGUGUUGUGUGGUGUGCUUUGCCAGACUAGCUUUGGGUUGUACAGUUACAUAAUAAUGGAGCCACAGUCAGUAAGCUUAAUAUGGGAGGAAAAGCAUCGUUAAAGUAAACGAUACAUCUCCCGCAGUGUUUAAUUGUUGUUGUUGCAUUACAUGUUUUCUUUUGAUUUGUUUGGCUUUUCAGGACUCACUUUCAAUGAUUUGUUUUUAUAUUCAAAAGGGACAAUAAAAUACAAUUUAUUGACACGA